AUGGGAUGGCUUUCUUCUUACGGCCCUCAUCACGUGAGAGCUAUCAGGAGAAUCAGCAGGACUCGUCCUCUUCGACUUUUUGAGAAGAUCGAUGAUUUCGCUAAGCUGCCAUCGAAAAUUAAGCUGAUCAACGACAUCAAUUACAAAAGAUAUCGGGAAGCGACUAAAGCCGAGUUGAAAGUUUUUGGAGAAAAGGCGAAUCUGUCCAAUUAUAAAAAGCUCGGAAGUGGGCCUCCUUACAAGUUUAAAAAUACAUGGCGCGAGGACGAUUUCAAACGGACAGGAGCGCACUUGCUGGUGAACCAUACAGUCUUUGGCAAGCUCCGACAAGAUACAGUCAACCAAACCGAGCUCUGGAAUCCAAUCGCGCAUUUCAACAUCUCCCCCGCGUCCCAGAAACUCAUCAACGAAUUCUACCUCCAGAUUCCAGCGAAAAACGGGCUGCAAUGGAUGCACCAUCAAAUUGGAUGGAGAUAUUUGAAGAAUUUCAUGUGGUGGAGGAGUUUUCGAAAGCCGGACUAUAUUUUUGACAUGAAGGACUUUGAGAACUCAUGGGCUGUGAUGGAUCAGUUUUUGGAUAAAGUCGAGAAAGCGGCGGAAAAACACUCGAUUUCGACGAUGAAAUUUACAGCCGACUCGGUGAAGAAUAAUUAUUUGGAUAUAACCGACACGCUGUAUUUCGACCAGCCAAGAUAUUAUUUUAUGCUCAGAACGCUUGAAUUUUACAAACGUUGUAAUCCAGAAGUUCAGGAAAUUCUAAAGCAUCGAAUUGACGAGUAUUUCUCUCGUGAAAACAUCAAAGAAGGCCAGCUCGUUUUGAGAAGACAAAUCACAGACCCCCUUGAUCGAGAAAAUUUAAACGAGUACCUCGAAAACCCACCAAGUUAUAUCGACAAAUAUGUUCCUGCGAUGGACAAAAUCUGGGAGCAACGAAUCGGUGAUUUCAAAAUAAAACGGAAUGAAGAGCUCUUUGCCGACGAAGAAAAACUCCGAGAGCUUUUUGAAAAACAGAUGGAAAUUGAAGCAAGAGGGUCAAUCACUGUCGAUGUUGAUUAUCCCUCGCAGACGAAAUACGAACAUAAUCGCAAGCGACUCAAUUUAGAAAAGUUCACCCCUGAGUUGGUCAAAUCGAUGCUAGAGAAAUACAUGGUCGAGUGGGAAAAGAUCCUUGGCGACAGGAUGAUCCAAAUGUACAUUGAAAUGUCGGAGCAUGCGAUUUCCGACUUGAAUCUUCUCGAGUCUCUCAAAUUCCUUGAAAUACGCGCGUUUUUUGAAACACUUGUUGAAGCAGGCGGCGACGAUCCCGAGAAGUUCAUCCGAUAUCUGGCCAAGCAGAUGGUCUGGGGAAGCUACAGCGAAGUUGCGAUGUCACAAGAAUAUCUCGUCACAACCAUGAUUCUGCUCCCACAUGUUUGGGAUUAUUGCAUCAUGACACUGGAGAAGGCCUUGAUCAAUCCGACCUUCGAGGAUUACAAAAGAUGGUUCACUGGGGACAAUAAUGAUCACGUCGGCAAUGCGGGAGCGUUGUUCCAUGAUUUGGCGUAUCAUAAGUCUUCAGAAAUCGGACUUCAGUUGAAUAGAGUGCUAGUCAAUUUGAUGAGGGAGACUCUUCAGUUUCAUAGAACUCCGGCAGAAGCACUAGAAUGGUACAACUCAACUCGUCCUUUAGAAGAGGAUCUUCUCAACAACCAGCUUCAUCCGUGGAUCAUGCUAACCGACAGAGAUCAUCCCUCUCAAAACAUGUUUCAAGACCUCGCUUUUAUCUUUCGCAUGGGAACUUACACGGACAAAUACUCUGCGAUGCCGAUGGUUUGUCCGCCAAGACCCUACAAGAUCUUCGAUAAUCAAAUCAAAGGCCAAUUUCUUACCUCGCCAAGAUUGCUGGUCAAAAGAAAAAAGAUGCGAAACCCGAAGCCGUAUCACAUCGAAGAGUCCUACGGCUGGAAACAGUAUCCGAAAGAAAAGAUCAAUCACAUGCUCACUGCCUGCAACGCCAUUGCCCAACAAAGCUGGAGCAUCAACAAAGAAAUCGUUGAUAUACUCGAAGAAGUAACAAAAGAAGGAGGAAUGUACACAUUGAAAGUUCCAAUGCGCGACUGCUGGGAUGUUUCUCACGGAAUCAAGUCGAUUGUAACCACCUCAACGUCUGAUCCUCUUUACAAUAGACACAAGCAAGUAGAAACACGACUAAGGGUUGAAGAAAAGGGACUGUAUGUUACUUUCCAGAGCCAUUUAGGCCUCGCCAAGUACUUUUCCCAGUUCGACGAGUUCUGGCUCCCUCUGGACUUGGACUACAGAGGUCGGAUUUAUCCAACAACGGCUAUUAUGAAUCCGCUAUCGAGUGACCCCUACAGAGCGACUUUUCAGUUUGGACGAGCAAGAAAACUAGGUGGAAGGCAAAAGAAUGGUUUCACCGGAUUCGAGUGGCUGUUGAUUCAGUGCAUCGCACUUUCUGAUAAGAAAAAGAAAGCGACUCACGAGGAAAUGCUCCAUUUCGCAUGGCAAAAUUUCCACGCGAUUUGUGACUCUGGUCGAGAACCUCUUACUGGCUAUAGAUGGUGGGAAACUUGUGAGAAACCGUUUCAGGUGCUCGCUGCUUGUAUGGAGAUUUGGAAGGCGACACAACUGGACGAUCCAGCGGAGUAUGAGACGAAAAUUUCAGUCCACAUGGACGGAACUUGCAACGGAUUCCAGCACUACUCUGCCAUGGGAAGAGAUACUAUCGGCGCUAUCUUCACAAAUGUUCUUCCAACUGAGCGGCCUUCUGACUUCUACCACUCGAUUCUCGAAUCAGCGCUGAAGCUGAUGGAUGAAGAUAUUGCCGCCGAAGGAGCAAACUUCGAAAAGCUUCGAAUCGCGAAAAUCGCCCGCAAAGUCGUCAACCGUUCAAUUGUCAAGAGACCUGUCAUGGCUAUUCCGUACGGCUUAUCUGUCAGAGGCGCCGUCGACAUUUGCAGAAACAAUCUUCACGGGAAAAUUUCCACUGCCGAUUUGACCCCCGUGGCGCAGUAUAUCAUCAGGAACUUGUUCAGUUCGAUCAAUCAGACGUUCCGAAACUCGAUGGCGAUCAAGCAGUGGCUCGCUGGGUACAAUCGAUUUUGCUCCUCGAAACUCGGAGUUCCGAUUGAGUACAUUUCGCCGAUGGGAUUUCCUGUGUCGCAGAUUGGAUACAAAAGUAUGCUGCAAAGAAAGACCUCGAUGGAAGUACUGAUAGCUGCUGUAGACGAGAAUAGAAUAAAGAACGAAAGGGAUAAUUGCUACGGAGUGUUUCCCGCGGCAGAUGGUCAACGAUCCGGAAACUCGCUCUCGCCGAACUUUGUUCAUGCGAUUGAUGCGAGUCAUUUGCUCAUGAGUUACACUAUGUUUGCUAAAGCUGCGAAAGAAGAAAGAGGGACGGAAGCAGAUUUCGGAUCAAUCCACGACUCGUUUUGGUGCCACCCUUCUCAAGUAGAUCUAUUGAAUGAAAACCUCCGCGAAGCGUUCAUCGACAUGUAUGAAAAUUUCGACCCUAUCACGACUUUUGCUGAACACAUGGAGAACUGGGUGAUUCCGGAACGUCUGUGGCCGAAGCGAUUCGAUAAUUUGCCGGAAAGUGUAACGACGCUGGAGAAUAAGCUGUCGCAUCUGGAAAGAAGAGAAACGCUGUUUCAUAACCGGCCGGAGAAAGGAGAUAUGGAUAUACAAAAAGUCAGAGAUUCAAAGUAUUUCUUCUGCUGA